CGUGGGCGGGUGAACCCCGCAGGGUGUAUGGGGCCGGGCUCGGAGCGAGAGGGGGGGCUGGCGUGGGGGAGGCGGAGUCACGGCAGUCCUGCCAGAGCCGCCAUUUUUGCAAAGGGAAAAGAGACAGGACCGAGCGGAUCUAGUUUCCAACAGUCACCAUAGAGAGGGCAGGGAAUUACAGGCUUUUAAACAGACAAAACUCAAAAUCCACGGAGUCAGGAUAGCGUUCAAAAACAAGAGAAGACGCAGGACAGUUUUUCAUGGGAGAGAACAGCGUUAAAUGUAACAUUUUCCCCUUUGUUGAAGAUCCGCAGUGGAGACAGUAGUAUUGUUUUGGUUGUGUGGAGGCACGGGCGGCGGGGUCUCACCCGGGUCCCCUGUUCCUUUAUUCACAGUACCUACAUUGGACCUUAACGGCUUUGUGGAUGCACUUAGAUGUCUGCAAUGAGUGCUGUGGCUGGCAUGCCUCCCUGCUCUGGACUCUGUAGGACAACGUCAUGAGCGUAGUCGUCCCAGUGGGGGUGGACACAGAAGACACCUCGUACCUGGACAUGGCCGCAGGCUCGGACAGACCCGAGUCUGUGGAGGCGAGCCCUGUGGUAGUGGAGAAGUCCAGCUACCCGCACCAGCUGUACAGCAGCAGCUCCCAUCACUCUCACAGCUACAUCGGCCUCCCGUACGCUGACCACAACUAUGGGGCGCGGCCACCGCCCACACCGCCUGCCUCGCCCCCGCCGGCGGUGCUGAUCCGGCCGGGGGAGGGGCUGUUCGUGCCGGCGGCCCAGGACGAGGCGUCCCGCGGCACCACGCUCAGCACCUCGGAGGACAGCAGCUACGGUGCCGACAUCACCCGCUGCAUCUGCGGCUUCACCCAUGACGACGGAUACAUGAUCUGCUGCGACAAGUGCAGCGUGUGGCAGCACAUUGACUGCAUGGGGAUCGACAGGCAGCACAUACCGGAGACGUACCUGUGUGAGCGCUGCCAGCCGCGGAGCCUGGACAGAGACAGGGCCAUCGCCCUGCAGACCAGGAAGAGAGAGAGCAUGUCAGACGGAGACACCAGCGCUACAGAGAGUGGGGAUGAGGUGCCGCUGGAGCUGUACACAGCGUUCCAGCACACGCCCACCAGCAUCACGCUGACGGCCACGCGCACUCCCAGCAAACAGGCCGACAAGAAGCGCAAGAAGAGCGGCGACAAAGAGCCGGCACCUGUGACCGGCCCCGCCCGAGCCAAGAAGGCAUUCCGUGAGGGGUCCAGGAAGUCCUCCAGAGUAAAGGGCUCUGCCCCAGAGCUGGACCCCAGCCACCCCCCUUCCCUGUGGGAGAAUAAGAUGAAGGCCUGGAUGGAGCGCUACGAGGAGGCCAGCAGCAACCAGUACAGCGAAGACAUCCAGCUACUGCUGAGAGACACCAAGAGCCCUGCCUACAACAGCCACACCGCUGCGUUUAAACCACCUGUAGAGACUCUGGUGCAGAAGAAUAAGAGGACCCUCCGAGCUGGGUGUGACCUGUCUCCAGACUCCCUCAUCAUGGAGUACAGGGGGAAGUUCAUGUUGCGGCAGCAGUUUGAGGCCAACGGCUUCUUCUUCAAGAGGCCGUACCCGUUCGUGCUGUUCUACUCCAACUUCCACGGACUGGAGGUGUGUGUCGACGCCCGCAGUUUCGGGAACGAGGCCCGCUUCAUCCGCCGCUCCUGCACGCCCAACGCAGAGGUGCGGCAUGUGAUCGAGGAUGGCACACUGCACCUCUACAUCUACUCGGUAAAGCCCAUCAGCAAAGGCAGUGAGAUCACCAUCGGCUUCGACUACGACUAUGGCAGCUGUCAGUAUAAGGUAGACUGCGCGUGUCUGAAGGGGAACCCGCAGUGUCCGGUCCUCAAGCACAACUCGGAGCCCACUGAGAAUGACACCCGGCGCCGGCGGGCCCGCAAGGACAGGGACCCACCCCGGGAGAGCGAGGGGGCCCAGAACCAGAACAUCACUCUGGACUGUGACAACAGCAUCGCCAGCACCAAGAGCAAGGCCAUCACUGACAACAAGCAGAGGAAGCUGUCCCCACUCCGCCUGUCCAUCUCCAACAACCAGGAGCCUGAGUUAAUUGAGGAUAUUGAAGAGAAAACCUCCGUUAGCAAUGAAGUAGAGAUGGAGUCAGAGGAGCAGAUUGCCGAGAGGAGGAGGAAGAUGACACGCGAGGAGAGGAAGAUGGAGGCCAUCCUUCAGGCCUUCGCCCGCAUGGAGAAGAGGGAGAAGCGCAGGGAGCAGGCCCUGGAGAGGAGCGGCACCAAGGCCGACAUCAAAGAGGAGCCGCCGGCCACGCCCGAAACCGAGGCCCCUGCCCUGCUGCAGCCGCUGCUGGACGUGGUGAAGGAGGAGGUGGGUGUGAAGGCGGUGGUGGCGAAGGUGAGCCGCUCGAAGCAGAGGAAGAGCCUCUCCCGCAGCCGCACGCACAUCGGCCAGCAGCGCCGGCGCGCCAGGACCAUCAGCACCUGCUCCGACCUGCCGCCCGCGUCGCCCGGGGAGUGCCCGGAGCCGCCCGAGAACGAGCCGCCCGCCCCGCCCGAGCCCGAGCCGCUGCCGCCUAACCCCCCCGACGCCACCCCGCCCCACAGCAGCUCCCCCGCGCCCCCCUGCCGCUCCGCACACAGAUACCCCAAAACCAAAAAGCACUUGAUGAGCGAGUGGAUGGGAGAGAAGCAGGAUCGUGCGGUGCACACCCCUGAGCCCACUCCAGAGCGCCCCCUGCGGAUCAGCUCUGACCCCGAGGUUCUGGCCACCCAGCUGAACGCCCUGCCGGGUCUGGUGUGCAGCCCGCACGUUUACAGCACGCCCAAACACUAUGUCCGCUUCUCCUCGCCCUUCCUGACCAAUCGCAGCCCCACCGUGCCUGGCGUGCCAAUCAGCCGACGCCGGUCCCGCGAGCUUCCAGAGACCCCGCCCACCUCCGGCUCCUGCAAGAAGCGCUGGCUGAAGCAGGCUCUGGAGGAGGAGAGCUCCCCUAGACGCCCCACCUUCAUGCUGCCCAGUGAGGGGCCCCUCAGCCCCCCCAUUAACGGGGAUUCCGACAGUCCCCUCCCCCUAAACGGCAGCUGCUCCUCACCAGCUUUACCGGCCUUACCAGAGCUGCCCGCUCCUUUGAAGAAGCGCCGGCUUUGCCCUCUGGACUCCUGUAUGUCAGAAGGCUCCACCCCCUACGGCUCACCCUGUGCCACGCCCACACGCACUGACCUCCCAGACACGCCCGGCACCCCCCACCCCCGCUCUGAGGACCAGGGCACUGACCCCUCCCCCUCCACCCCCACACAGCUCCCUCAAGCCCUGCCCCAUCCCACCCAGCCGGAGAGCGAGUCCUCUCCAGAACGUUCCCCUGUGAUGAGUCAGAGAACCAGCACUGCAGAGGCGGAGCGCCCCCCCUCGCUGCUGUCCUCCCCUCGGGUGCAGAGGCCCAGUGCAGAUGCAUCCCUGGACACACCCCUGCAGGAGGUCAGGGUGGCGAGCCCAGAGCCCCAGGAGUGUGGCGGGGACGAGGCGGGGGAGGCAGGUCCAGACAGCGCUGCUGACUCCACCCUCACCGACCCCCCCGCCGUGUCCUACCCCCCCUGGAUGAAGAGCCCGGACAGGGGUGCCCUCUCCUUCUCCCCAGUCAACUCCAACCUGCGCGACCUCACCCCCUCCCACACGCUGGAGCUGGGGGCCUUCCGCCCGGAUGCCGCAGCCAGCUCCUUCAGCGAGGGGGCGCUGUACUACCCCUGCUUGCUGGCGGGGGAGGGAACGGGAGAGGCAGGGGGUGCAAACUUGCAGACCCCCCCUCAGAAAAAGAAGGUGUCUCUGCUGGAGUACAGGAAGCGACAGCGUGAGGCCAGGCGGAGUGGCUCCAAGGCAGAGUGCGGCUCCCCUGUGCCCACAGCGCCUCCUCUGGCCGGACUGUGCAGUGCGGCUGUGGAAGGCUGCCCCGUUGCCUCAGAGACGGCCCCAGAGCCCCCGGCCCAGUGGAGCGGCCCGCCAUGUGAAACCUCCCAGCCGUGUGAGGGCACAGAGACCCCGCCCCAGGGGGAGAGGCAGGGUGGGGAGGGCCAGUGGACGUCGUCCACGUCAGUAGAGCAGGCGAGAGAGCGCAGCUACCAUAGAGCCCUGUUGCUGAGCGACCAUCACAAAGACAGGGACACAGAUGGAGGAGAGGCAGAUGGUGACAGAGUGAAGGAGUGUGCCUCUCCCACCCCACACAAGACCUGCAGGAACUCCCCCUCACACAAGCCGUGCUCUCCUGGCCCCAGUGUGCCCCCCCCGGCAGUCUCUCGGCCUGUGAAAGAAGAGGACAGUGAGAGUGGAGCCCCCUGUCUGUCACCCUCGGUCCAGCAGGCCUGCAAAGCCCCCCUGACCCCCACCAAGCUGCAGUGCGGGACCCUGUACGCUGGCCCCUCCCCCCAGACCCAGCCCCAGGGCUCUCCGUACCGUGGCCAGAGAUCCUUCCACUCUGUCCAGCCACAGCCCCAACUCCAGCCCCAGGCUUCACCAGGCCCAACCUCCUUCUCCCAGUACAGUCCCCAGAGUGCUCCCCCACCCCCUCCGCCACCCCCACCUGCGCCCCCUGCAUCUGCGGGGUACUUCCCUGGGCAGACGGCAGCCCCUGCGGGCCUCUACCCAGGGUACAAGCCUGUGGGGGUGUCCCCCUUUCCCCCUGUCUCCCAGCCCCUAAUACAGACUCACCACGCCCUCCACUAUCAGAACUCAGAAGCCCCGCCCCCUCCUCCUCCCCCACCCCCACACCCACAGCCCGCCCCCUCUCUGCUGCAUGUCACCUUGCCCCCACCCAUACAGCAGCACCAGCUCCUGCUGGGCUCUGCACCCCCACCCCCACCUCCCCCUCCCCAAGGCCAGACCCCCCAGCCUCAGCCCAGCAGCUCCAAUCUCCUGUCCCUGCAGCAGGCCCCACCCCCCCCACCCCCGCCUCCCCCACCAGCUCCCUCCACCACCUCCCCACUGCAGGCCACGCACCACUUCCCAAACCUGGGGGGGUUCCAGACGCCGCUGCUACACACGGGAGCCUCCAGCAACACCCCCGCGCCCCCCUCCACCUUCCAGUCCCGGCCGCAGGGCGUGCCCCCGCCCCCGCCCCCUCCCCAGCAGACUCCACCCACACAGUCACAGGCCAUGCCUCCUCAGCUACCCAGUGGACCCCGGGGAGCCCCUCCAUCCUCUGCCCCAUUCCACCCGUCGGGGUACCUGAGCUCGGGGUGGCACUGAAUCCCACCCCAGUGGACUCCACAGAAAGUAGGGGUGUUCUGAACAUACAGCCAAUGGAAGCGCAAACAAGGGUACUUUUUAAGGACAAAAGAAGAUAAAAGACUAAAACAAUCUUGUACAGAGACUUUCUAUGAAAUGCCCAUGAAUCCCGGUGCUCAUCACCCUCUCGCUGGCAUCGUCCACCUGGGAAAUGUCUUUCCGUUUCACUUAUUUCACCCUCCUGUGGCUGAAAGCCGUGCCUGUCUGUCUGUCCGUCUGUCUAACAGCCCCCCCACUGUCUGUCAGUGUACAUUCCACCUUCCACUUCUCUCUGUGUCUGAGACGUUUUUCCUACAUUUUACUGUUUAAUUUAGUGGCUCAUUUUAUCGAA